GCUUUUCCCUCCCUCACUACUCUGUCUUUCUUUCUUCCUCAGACAAUCAGAAAAAGAUAAUGCAUCAGCUUCCAUUUCGGAGAUCGUGAAAAUCGAGAUUGGUGGAUUCUGUUCUAAGUUCUUAAGAGAAGAAAAGAGAAUGCUGGAAGGUGAUGCUGAUAACUCAAAGGUCAUCAAUGGAGGAGGAUUCUCUCAGCUACAGAGCUGCUUCGGAGAUUGCAGCAGCGAGGAGGAACUAACGGUGCUUCCACGUCAUACGAAAGUGGUCGUCACCGGAAACAACCGUACGAAAUCAGUUCUCGUCGGUCUUCAAGGAGUCGUUAAGAAAGCCGUCGGACUCGGUGGCUGGCAUUGGCUGGUUUUGACAAAUGGAAUCGAAGUGAAGUUGCAGAGGAAUGCACUUAGUGUCAUUGAAGCUCCUACAGGGAACGAAGAAGACGAUGAUAUUGAAGUCGAGCAUAUACAAUGGAAUAAUCCCUCUCAUAUGAUAUCUGAUGACAGUCUAAAGACUCAUAAGGCGAAGCAAAGAGGAUACAGAUCAGCACGGUUAUCACAAAAGACAAUGUGCAGGGCCUUAUCUUGUGACUCACACUCAAAAAGGCAGAGUAUUACUCCUCGUGCUAACAUGAAGGUUGAUCUUAGCAAAUUGGAUAUGCCUGCGUUACAGAGAUAUAUACAACAUUUUAACCUCGUGGAUGCACUUCCUAAUCCAUCAAAGGAGCAACUACUUGACAUUGUUCAAAGACACUUCAUGGCUCAGGAAAUGGAUGAGCUUCAGGUUAUUGUGGGAUUCGUUCAAGCUGCAAAAGGAAUGAAGAAGGCUUGCAGGUGGAAAUCAAAAGAACAUAGAAACACUGAUCUUAACAAGCUCCUAGAUAGGCUAACAAACCCCACCUCCUUUGGACCUUAUCCAAUCUGAGUUUUAACCAUUCCAUGGCUUAAACGUUGAGUAUAGUAGUAAGUUAAAGCUGUCUCAUGUGUUAAUAGUAGAUGUUGUUAUUGCUCAUUCAUGUAAGUAUAUCAAAAGCAGCAAUGACCUAAAAACAAAAGAAGCCCUCUAAUCUUUAAUCAAAGCAUCCAUCUUUAUUUGUCCAU